AUUAUUCUUAUCUUUUAUUAUUAUGUGCAAGAGGUGUCCUCCAUUUGUAACCUUCUGACUAAUGACUCCAUAUAUGACUAUAAGAAGCAUGCCUUUAUGUGAAGAGGAGUGGGGAGGUUGAGCUUUUGCUGCUUUUGAAAUUCUGGCCAUGUCCCCCAUUUUUUUCCCAGGAAGGUGAGGUGAUCCUCCUCCUCCUCCUCCUUCUGGCGAGGUGAGGAGGGACCUGGGGUCACCCUGGGCAAGCAAGGCAAGAGAGGCACCAGAGUGUGCAUCCUUCUCCUCUUCCUCCUCUAGCUCUGGCUCCCACUGAACCAAGGCAGGCAGCCUUAGCCCUCUGAGAGGGAGACCCGCACAGAGGCAGGCGCGUGACCCUGCUCCCAGCUGCGCGCGCUCCCUCGCGCGCUCAGAGAACCAGAGAGAGAGAGAGAGAGAGGCGCAGGCGCGCGCGCAAGGAGGCAAGCGCCCGAGCAGCAAGGCAGCAAGCAAGCAGAGCAGAGGAGCCCCUGAGAAGAGAGGAGGGGAGAAGGGGCUUGGGGAGGGGGAAAGAGAGAGAGCCCUCCGCAGCUGACAUCCUCCCAGCCCACCCUCCAAGGAUUCCCCUUGCUCCUCAAGCCGGACACCUUUCCCUUUUUUCCUUUUCUCUCGGCUCUUGUUGUCUUCCAGAGGGGGGCCCUUGUCUCCCCCCCCCUUUUUUUCUUUCCCCCCUCUUUCUCUGGGAAAGUUUGCUCCCUCCCGGCCAAUUAUGGCGCUCAUUAUGGAACCUGUCAGCAAAUGGACCCCGAGUCAAGUGGUGGACUGGAUGAAAGGUCUCGAUGACUGCCUGCAGCAGUAUAUCAAGAAUUUUGAAAGAGAAAAGAUUGGUGGGGACCAGCUAUUACGUAUCACUCAUCAAGAACUGGAAGAUCUGGGGGUUACUCGAAUUGGUCAUCAAGAACUUAUCUUGGAAGCAGUUGACUUACUUUGUGCAUUGAAUUACGGAUUGGAAACGGAAAACCUAAAAACCCUUUCUCACAAGUUAAAUGCAUCUGCCAAAAACCUUCAGAAUUUUAUCGCAGGGAGGAGGCGAAGUGGCCACUAUGAUGGCAGGACAAGCAGAAAAUUACCAAAUGAUUUCCUUACCUCAGUGGUGGAUCUGAUUGGAGCAGCAAAAAGUCUCUUGGCUUGGCUGGACAGAUCACCUUUUGCUGCUGUGACAGAUUAUUCUGUAACAAGAAAUAAUGUCAUACAGCUCUGUCUUGAAUUAACAACGAUUGUACAGCAGGACUGCACAGUAUAUGAAACAGAGAACAAAAUUCUUCAUGUGUGUAAAACUCUUUCUGGUGUCUGUGACCACAUAAUCUCGCUCUCAUCUGAUCCUCUUGUGUCUCAAUCUGCUCACCUGGAAGUGAUCCAGCUAGCAAACAUCAAACCAAGUGAAGGGCUGGGUAUGUACAUUAAAUCAACAUAUGAUGGUCUCCAUGUAAUUACUGGAACAACAGAAAAUUCACCUGCAGAUCGAUGUAAGAAAAUCCAUGCUGGAGAUGAAGUGAUUCAAGUUAACCACCAAACUGUGCCACUUGUACCUAGAAGUCCUACAAGCAGUGUGGCAACACCUUCUAGUACUAUCAGCACACCUACCAAGAGAGAUAGUUCUGCACUUCAGGAUCUCUACAUACCUCCUCCUCCAGCAGAGCCUUACAUACCCAGGGAUGAAAAGGGAAAUCUUCCUUGUGAUGACAUUGGAAGACACCUAAUAGGAAAGCCAGUACAUAAAGGAUCUGAAUCUCCAAAUUCAUUUCUUGAUCAAGAAUAUCGAAAACGUUUUAAUGUGGUGGAAGAAGAUGCUGUCUUGUACUGUUAUGAAUACGAGAAAGGAAGAACAAGUAGCUCUGGACGAAGAGAAAGUACCCCAACUUACGGAAAACUAAGCCCCAUAUCUAUGCCAGUAGACUACAAGGUGGGGGAUUAUUACGAUCCUAGCAAGCAAAAAGAGACAGUAGGAAGAGAAAAUUCAUUACUUCGAUAUAUGAGCAAUGAGAAAAUAGCUCAAGAAGAUUACAUGUUUCAGAGAAACAGCAAGAAGGACACAGGCAAAAAAUCAAAAAAGAAAGGAGAUAAGAGCAACAGUCCUAGUCAUUAUUCUCUGCUGCCUAGUUUACAGAUGGAGUCUUUAAGGCAAGAUAGCAUGAGCACACCUGGGCCUGAAACAUCCUUGUAUCAUACGUUUCAACAAUCUUCUCUACAGCACAAGUCUAAAAAGAAGAACAAAGGUCUUGCACCAAGUAAGAGCAAAAGACGUAUUUCCUGUAAAGAUCUUGGUCGUGGAGACUGUGAGGGCUGGCUGUGGAAAAAGAAAGAUGCCAAGAGUUACUUCUCACAAAAAUGGAAAAAAUACUGGUUUGUUCUGAAGGAUACUUCACUGUACUGGUAUAUCAAUGAGGAGGAUGAAAAAGCAGAGGGAUUUAUCAGUCUCCCAGAAUUUAAAAUUGAUAGAGCUAGUGAAUGUCGCAAAAAGUAUGCAUUCAAGGCCUGUCAUCCUAAGAUCAAAAGCUUUUAUUUUGCUGCUGAACAUCUAGAUGACUUGAACAGGUGGUUAAAUAGAAUUAAUAUGCUUGCUGCUGGAUAUGCAGAAAGAGAGAGGAUUAAACAAGAACAAGAUUACUGGAGUGAAAGUGAUAAGGAAGAAGUAGAGACACCAUCAACACCUAAACAAGACAGCCCACCUCCUCCUUAUGACACAUACCCACGACCUCCUUCGAUGAGCUGUGCAAGCCCUUUUGUGGAACCAAAACAUAACCGACUCUCAUCCACGGAAACGUCCCAGUCCCAGUCGUCACAUGAGGAGUUCCGUCAGGAACCGGUAGGGAGCACUACGGAAUCUCCCAUCCGCAAAACAGCCAGUCAGCGACGUUCAUGGCAGGAUUUAAUAGAAACACCAUUGACAAGCUCAGGACUGCACUAUCUUCAGACCCUACCACUUGAGGAUUCAGUUUUCUCUGAUUCAACUGUUAUAUCUCCAGAACACAGGCGGCAAUCAACUCUUCCUAUUCAAAAGUGCCACCUACAGGAUCACUAUGGCCCUUUCCCCUUAGUGGAAGGUGAGAGACUGCAAGUCCUAAAUGGGAAUGGGGGAAAGCCUCGCAGUUAUACUCUGCCACGGGAUAGUGGGUUCAACCAUUGCUGCCACACGCUUUCUGUCAGUGCCUCAAGCCAUCAAGAAGAAGUGUCACAGAAAGAGCAAGAGGAAGGAGAAGGGGAAGGGGAAGAGGAAGUAUUGCCAGAAAACCAACAAGAUGAAACUGAAACUCUAGAAGAAAAGCCUGCAGAUUCUUUACAAGAUUUGUACCGGUCUUUGGAAUUAGCUAGUUUGACACCCAUGGGAGAUCUGCAAAUAUCUACCAAGAUGGAGUACAAGAAGUUUUUUAUCAAGCGAUGCAAUGAUCCAGUGAUCAAUGAAAAAUUGCACCAGCUGCGAAUUCUGCAAAGCACUUUAAAGGCUAGAGAAGAAGAAGUAGCUAUCAUAGAUAAAGUUCUGGAUAAUCCAGACUUGACAUCUAAAGACUUUCAAGACUGGAAACAAAUGUACCUUGAUCUCUUCCUGGAUAAUUCACAGAACAGUCCCUUGGAGGACCCUGUAAAUGACUCCGAUGAAGUUGAUGCACUUCUAGACUCUCUAGCACAUACUCAUUCCUACAUUGAAACGCACGUAUAAAAAGAAAGAAAAACAUGUCAGGUUUUCAUUUUAACCCUAUUCAGCUUUCCAGAUCUUUACUUAAGUGCACAGAGUAGCUUUUAUAAAAAACCUACAGGAGAUCUAUUUUAAUGUUUCUGAUAUGAGUUCAGUACAAUUUCCAUGUCAUUGUGUGAAGAAACUUAUAUACUUUUUAUGCUGCUGAUGUUCAUUUUAUUUAUGUUUACAAACACUGGCUGUGAUCCAAAGGACUGUGCAGUCAUCGAAAAGAAUCAUGCACAGAACUUUUAUUGUUGAAGAGCCAAGAUGCUUUUGAAUCUGGCUUCUUUGGAUCGUAACCAUUGUAUUUAUCAUUUUUUUAAAGAAAACUUUCUGAAUAGAUAUUUUGGAGUAUUGCCUUGAUUUAUCAAGGGAAAGUUGGCAUAAGAGCACCGUUUUACUACUGAAAGUCAAUCUGUUUCCUAUUUAGUAGUAUAUAAUUGUUGUUAAGAGUUACAUUUUCAAAGUGCAGCUUUUGUUUUGGCCAGUGUGACAAUUAAACUUUUAUAUUUGGUGGAAUAUUUUAGAUAUUUUCAUAAAUUACAGAAAAAGUGUAGUGCUGUGAUAAGGACAGCAUUUUAAAGAAAAGAGUCAGGGAAUAAGAGAAAAGGGACUUUCACAAUAAGAUAUGAAAUGGUUAAAGCUUCAUUUUUACAGUUUUUUGAUGGAUUAGUAGACAAUCUAUAGCACAGAAUCGAGGACAAGGGCUGUGUUUGUUUCAGUUUCAACACAGAUUUUUAAACAUGUACAACGGAACUAUCUUAUUAACGCUUUGUUGGUCUCUUCGUAUUUACUUACAGAUUUUUUUGUAUUGUAUUGUUAAGGCAUUUUUGUAUUGUUAGGGCACCUUUUCUUUUAAGUCAACAUUUUAACUGUUUGGAAUUUGUCAGCUCAAGGUAAUUCAUGCUUUGAACUUAGAAAAAACACUGAAAAUUCUGAUAAGAGUAAGGUGAAAACACAAUUCCCCCCUUACUAGAAAUCCCCCCCUUUUUUUCUUUUUUCUUUUCUUGUUUGUUUUUGUUUGUCUGAGAAGUUGUUUGUUUUUGAGGGUGAGCAUUAUCAAUAAAGUGUAUGAAUCCAACAGAUUAAUUUUAAAAAGCAUCAGAUUCACACACAAACCAAAUAUUCUUGCUGUAUUUUUAAAAAGACAUUCCCAGAAGUCCCUUCAAAUAGUUUAAAUUGCACAUGAGAUGGUGAUCACUACAGUAAGUGGGACUUUCACAUAUCCAAAGUCAUAUCCCCAAUUGUAUGCCAUGGAAAGUUGAUUAGCACCGAAAUAGCUAGACCAUAGCCAGCAAAUCUUCAACAGUAGCAUUUUUCUCUAUUAUUGACACCAUUCAUUUAUGUAUUAGUUCUUGAAAAAUUAUUUUCAAGAAGGUAAUUUUUCUCUCAGAUUGCUUACAUCCCCAUUUAUUCCUACAGUCAUAUCAUUUUAUUUUAUUUUAAGUGUAGAUUUGCAGUUAUUAUUUUAGAUUUUAAAGCAGUUACAGCAUAGGCAUUUUGAGUGUGAACUGACAUAGCAUAGUGAUACUAUUAUUUAGAAGUGUGGUUUGGUGUGAGUGUGUAGUCCCACCUCUCACCAUUACUUGGCUGUCUGUUUCUGAGCUUUUCCAAAUGAAGGGAUCCUCACACUAGCUAUCAAAAGGCACUAUGCAGCCAAUGUGCCCCCCCCCCCACCCUUUUUCAUCUUAUGAGCAGACAAAAGAAGCCAUGGGAAAAUGAGGGAGAGUUACGAGUGACAGAUAAUGAUAUCUAAAGGUCCCCAUAAAUGUUGGUUAAUUUUACAGGAUGACGGCAUGAUAAAAAUUCAUCUGUAACAUUCCUCUUCCUCCUCCCCCCGUUGUAAAACUUUAUCCUUUGUUCAGAAACUCCUGGAGUUGAAAUGUUGCAGACUUAGCUAGUUUCAAAGGGAUAAUGAGAUAUCAUUGACCAGAAAGUUGUUCACUUUACCUCAUUUUUGGUUUUAAACUGUAGCUGAAGUGGAGAGUUGAAAUAGUAAACCAUUAGAAUAUGUGUGUAUGCAUAUCUAUUACAGUGACUUAAAACCCCAGGCGCACUUGAAUAGGAUCUUAUUGUAUCCAAUAGCUCAUGGAUUGCACUGCAGUGUGAGAGGCUGGGGUUCACUGAAUCCUGAAUGAUAUGAUUCCAUGCUGCUAUGUCAGCACUGGCAUUCAAUUGGAUAUUGCCCUGUGCUGUAGAAAAUAUUUUGGCUUCUGCUUUUUUCAGCAGUUAUGAAACUAAAUACAUAGAACGCAGACAUGUUCCUCUACCUGCUGCCCCAUAGAUGCUUUAGACUACAACUCUCAUAAUUCUUUACCAUUGGCCUGGGGUUGAUGAGAACUAUGCCCAACACAUCUGGAGAGCAUCAUGUUAGGAGAAGUAAUACACUGCUCAAAACUGGUAUUCAUCAUCUAAUAUGCACCCAGUGGGGGAGAGGAGUUAAAACAGUAGGAGAGAUGGAUUAAAACAGGGCUUUUCUCCCUUGACCUCUGGGUAAUGUUCCAUGGCAUGAACAAGCUGCAUAUCUAGUUCAUCUCCAAAGAGUCUUUUGGACUGUAGCUCCCAGAAUCCCCUAGCCAACAUGGCAUUACUGCUUUGACCUAUGCUUCUCUUUUGGACUACAACUUCCAGAAUUGCACAACCAGCAUAGCCAUUGCUGUGGAUUUCUGGGAACUCCAGUUCAAAAAAGUUACUUUUCCAAGCUCUGUCCCAUCAGCAAUAGUACAUGAUAUAAAAGAGAAAAGGAUGUAUGAAGUUUCCUUUGCAUAACUGAUCAGUGUGACAAGGCAAUCAGUUGCACAAUUAGCCCUCACUUGCACUAGCUUUUGCAUCUUAAUAGCAAUUUCAUGUUGCUUUUCUUUGGAAAAACUCCAGAUGAUAAACUCUGGAUGCUUGCAGAAGACUUUUUAUUAUCUUUCUGCCAGUUGCUUCUCACAUGGCAAGAAGUUGACUGCAUUUUCACAGACCAUUGUAUGCCACAGAAUUGGUCCUGAGACACCCUAGUUGAUAUUGCCAAUCUCCCAAUAAUUGAAAAU